GCCGCGUUGUAGAGUAAGCCCGGAGCCCCGAACGCUACGGUUGGCAACAUUAUAUCAAGCUGCGCACCAGGCGUCACAGAUAUAAAUAUACACACCCACACCGUGCGAUUGAAUAAAGAGAAGCUCCUAGCACGUUGCCUACAAGUGCUGAUCCCGUACGCAGCAUGCUUCUCAACUGCACACUGAAAAGCGUCAGAUAUCCACUUUGUGCUAGGAGCUCGGUCUAGAUGGAUCGGCUGAUGGGGCUUCGCAUCAAGGUCUCUACGGCCAUUCUACUUCUGCUUCUCCCUUGCCUUAGAGCCGCUGCGCCUCACUUGCCCGUGGAACAGUGGAACUCCAGGAGCAAGGCUGAUUGGGUGAAACUCUGGAACACAGAGCGACACGUGAACACAUGUAACGAGGCCCUUCUGCCGGUCUGGGACGUAGCCUGCCAGAAUGACAUACGGAAGAUCACCAAAAGAAUGGGACGAGAGUUUUUGAACGAGUGGACGGCCAAGAACUUCCUGGCCGGAAGCAAGAGGAGAAAACGCGGUCUGAACGAGGAAUGUUGCCACGAAGACUUAGGGUGCGUGUGGGAGGAGGUGGCAGAAUACUGCGUCAUGCACGGUCGAGAGAAGCAUGAAGACGGUAGCCCCGUACGAGGCAAGCCUGGUAGAAGGCGCUAAUAACAAACCAAGCACACUACACCCAACGACGAUUCUGUAAAAUAGACUGUUAUAUAUAUACUUUCUCAUUAUUUAAAUCACUUACCACUCUUUUAAUUUUUUUUGCGAAUAAUGAAAUUAAACCCAUAAGGCACACCAUAAAGCUUGUACAUAUACCUCCAUUAAUCAAUAUCAUUUGCGUACGGCCUUGGGCGAGAAAACUGCACUUUAAAGUUAGAAGUAUGUCCAAUGUACAGUAUCAUUGGUAUGAAACAUUUUCAUUCGUUGGGGUUACCAAACGUUAGAUAAAUGUUCGGGGUCUUUCAGAAAAUACCAAAGCGCCCUCCAGAAGUUAUCCAAGAACCAAUCUUACUGUCAGGUCUCGUCUUGCUUGCAUAUUUGCCCCAUAAUACGCGAGUACACCCUCUUUGAAAGCUAAUUCGUUCCGUGAGUGAUAACAGACGAACUAAUCCAAAAUUACUUGAAAUAUUUCAUGACGCUGCACCCGAUGACUGGGUGCAUGCUGCAAGUAGAGUAGUCGCCAGUGUUACAGUAUAGCAGAGAGAAGUAAUACCUCAUCUUUUCAACGGUAUUACUGAAAAAAGGGUUUUCCAGUAUUUUUGUGAGCGACUGUCGUUAAAUUAGAUCAGGCCAAAAAUGUAGCUUUAGCCAUGCGAAGGAUUUCACCCCGUUUAUCCGGUACAUUUGCGCAUUAAGCGCUCUCUGUCACCUAGAGCUGAAUUAAAAGCAAUUAACGACUUCCUGAAAACAGGCAGGGAUCUUAAAGGCCGCGAAGGAAAUGCGAAAAAAACUGUCCGAAAUAACCGGCCUUGCUUUUUCUGAAAUGAUUGAUAUUUACUGAAUUCAUGUAUUUCACCGAAUUAACGCAUUGCAAUCAAUUUGUUAACAUUAGUGCUAAUGACUUCGUGGAUAAAGUGCAGUGAACCCGGCAUUAAUUUGACGCAUUUUGAUUGCGUCACUGUUCAGCGGGGUCAGUGGAUAUUUAUGACAGAUCAGUUUCUCUGUUGGUGUUACUGAACUGAACGUUUUGCACAUUAAUAUGAGGUCACUUUCCUUUACAUUUACUUAUUCAUGCACCUGUACAUUUUGUGUGUAUAAUGGUUCCCACAUCAAACCUUGUUCAGAAGCAAAUAGGUCUGUUUGUUGAACUCCUUCAACAUCAAAAUUAUAAUGGUGGUAACAAGUUGGACGAGUGCCUGUAAAGUCUAUUGUUAAAUUGAAUGCAAGGCUGUAGUGCUGAGAGGUUUUUUUAGUUUCAGGAGAGCCAGUUUGGCUUUCAGUUUGUUUCUUCGAGAAAAAGCAAGUGAAAGAUCUUUCAGUGCCCUACUCAUUCAAUUUGUAGCGUAAGGCCUAAGUUUGUUCGGGAGAUAUAACGCAGAAUUCGACAUGUUUUGUCGACACUGAUUGUCCUCGCUUAUUUGCUUGUCACAAGAAUAUUACGUCAUAUGAUAAUGCACUGACAUCUAUAUCAUUACUGAUAAGCUUAUAGCCUAUACCAAGGUAAAACUUGUCUUCUUUACGGCGAUGGUUAGUAAGAUUGAUUGAUUUUCAAGGGUUAGGUGGUUCUGAAAUUUUUAAUUAACACGAUACCAGGUUUCAUAGUCAUAGCUAAUUUGAUAUGCAAAUAACUAAUGAAAGGGCGUACUUCUGAAAAUCUCUGCGACAGCAGACUUUCCUCUUCAAUCUAAGUAUGUGCACAAUUUUCGUAUAGCAUCGUUCAACGCUAAAGAAAACGUUUCAUGUCUGGCAUUCAGUUUUCUCACAGUGUUUGCAAUCAGCGGGUGAUGAUAAAUUGCAAUAAGUGGAAAAGGUGUAUACACGGUAAAUGUAUAUAAUGUUCUAACAAAGUUUGACCAUUUCCCCCUUAACUGUAUGCACGAAGAUAAAGUGUCGUACACGUUCCUUGUACAUGCAUUGGUAAAGCUAUUAUGUAGUGGCUUUGUGCAAUCCUACACACCCUGGCACGAACGAAGUCCCAGUUGGUCAGAUGAAUCAAAAUAAACCACCCCUUUCAUGAAACAAACAAGAUUAAAACUUGUUCAAUUUUCUGGAAACUAAAGCCCAGAUAGUUUGUCUUGAGAGAAAAAAAAGUAAGCUUCAUGUCGUUUCUUCUGUGUCUCAUUACCGUUUCUAUUCAUUCGUGCCGUGUCGCGUUUAUACACACCUAGUUCCCGGUGGAGAUGGUCGUCUCAAAUGUAAAUUAACAGAACUACUUCACACUCCAAGGGCAUUGUAAGACCUUUUAAUAGUUGCUAAAGCCAUACCUCCUGUUAUCACAUGGCUAUAUUUUUGUUCACCAAUAUCACUGAAGACCUUUGAGGUAACAAUAACCUGUUAGACAUUGGAAUGUAUGUCCCUUAACCUCUAAAAUAGAGAUACCAAUCAAUGCCUUUAGAGUCUCCUCCCAAGACAGCUACAUCCUCCUUGCACUGGCGUUCCUGCUUCAGUUUCUGUCACCUAGGCUCAUAUGUAUUUUAUGCGUUGGUGGUUGUUGUUUUGCAUUACCUUGAAGUUUAUUACUCGACGUGCAUAAAGGCACCAAGAUCUGAUGAUCAAGCAAGCAUAAUUAUGAGGCAGCCUCGUUAUAUUUAAAUAAAAUUUUAUGAUUUAUUAUUUUUAAAAGCACAACGAACAUCUCAUUCGUGUAAAAAAUGAAGUAUGGGUUAUCAUUGCAGGAUGAAAAAUAAAGAAUAAAAAC